AUGUCAAGUGAAACAUCUGAUUUUGUUGUCGAUCCUUUACUGAAGAAGGAAAUUAGUGCUUUUAAUAAAAUGUUACAAGAUGCUUUUAAUCAACAAGACUUAGGCGCUAUCCAUCAUUUAUUUACUGAUGACGCCGUAUUAUUACCUCCGGGUCAUUGCGAAAUUGUAGGUAGGCAAGCCAUUACGGAAUAUUUUGAUGAAGUGGUCAUUAUGGGUAAAGAAUAUGGCUUGCAAAGUCGAUAUUUUUACGAUGGUUAUGGAGUCAUCAUCAAAGAUUCAAUGUAUUAUAUUAGUGGUCGCUAUAUCCUUCAUCGUGAAGAUGCCACUGUAAUUGAUAAAGGAAAGUAUUUAUCUAUAGCAAAGAAAAUCAACGGCCAACUACAGUUGUAUAUUGAUAUCGCAAACUCGGAUUUAAAAGAUGAAGACUGA